AUGGACGUCGACGACGCGCCGGAUACGGGCCAAGAGAAGCAGGGGUCUUCAAAGACCACCCCAGCAACUCGUGACGCGUCCAACGCGUUUAUUAACCCGGUUGGACCCCAAGAAAAGGCCAAAUCUUCGGCCAACCCCUCUACUCCUCUCGUUUUUGACAAAGAAAAAUUUAGUCAAGGACUCAAUCAAACACCCUCAAUCCAAGCUUCCGACCUUGGAAACUUCUCAAAGAAGAGAAGUCGCCUCGAAACCCCAGGAACGACGGCUGAAUACCAAGCCGCCGAGUUAACAGGAACCCCGAGAUCAAACCGAAUACAGGAUCUUUUCCCAGGAGCCAACGAACCAAAGUCUCUUAAGGAGAUGGUCGGUGAGCUCCUGGAGGUGAUCAAAGCAGGAUUCCCACUGGCCAACAAGUCUAAAACGACAAAGAAAAUCACGGUUGAUGUCGAAUCAGCCGCAGACAUCUUAGUCUUGACAGGAGCAGUUUACGACCGAGUCUUAUAUGAAGAUGCUCGUCGUAAAUUUACAACACCAGAAGCCCUCUCCGGGCAACCCCAAAAACGCUCUAUCAUAUUCAAGGGCAGGGAAACAGAAGACAAGUUGGACACAAUAGUCGAACAACUUGCCAUCCUCUCAAAUGCAAUAGGACAGAAGAACAUUCCUGUACCUUCAAAAAAGACCCCAACAACAUCAUACGCAUUAGCGGCAUCCAAGCAUGCACCCAACAACAACCACCAAACAAACACGGUGCCAAAUAAACCAAAAGCGCCAACCCCAAAACACCCAAGUAAAAUAAAGCCCACUAACGUGAUCACUUUAUCCCACACAAUAGGAGCGGAAAUAACGCAUCCAAAUCUAUCCAACGCUAAGCUGAUCCAAGAGCUUAAUUUAGCAUUCAGAGCAUAUAAUGUCAAGAUGAAGCCUGACGACAAAGAUGCUAUAGAAAUCAAAAGCGUCCGUCGUCACCCGUCAAACGACAUUGACAUCUAUUUUGAAACAUCAGCUCAAGCAGCAAAGAGGGAUUCUCAAAAACCAUGA